AUGAGUCGCCGCUCCUUGCACAUCCAGAAGCAUGAGUGCUCUUCUUGCGGCUACCCUUCCGCCAAGACUCGCAAGUGUACGUUUAUUCGCUCCCUCUUUGGUCCCACGAGCAGACUCCCCAGCCCGGUUGAAUCCUCAAUGGGUAUUUUGCGUCAAAUGACCAUGAGCGGCAAGGAAAUCAAGAAAAAGGGAGACACACAAAAUUUGCUAACUCGACAAAUAGACAACUGGGGCGAGAAGGCCAAGCGAAGAAAGACCGUUGGCACCGGCCGCUGCCGCUACCUCAAGGACGUCUCUCGCCGAUUCAAGAACGGCUUCCGAAGCGGCACUCCUAAGGGCGCUCGCGGCCCUACCACCAAGUCGGAGUAA